AUGACCAUGAUAUCCCUCAUCACCAAUAUCCUUCGACAGGCCUUUUCCCCACCCCCAUUAUUACCAGGCCCCGAAAAACACUCUCUCCGCUCCCGCAUCAAGAAUUUCUUCACCCUCAAAACCCUCUUCGGCUAUCCUCCUCCUCCCCUGGAUCCCUCGCGGGAGACAGCAUGGCUCGACGGUCUGCGCGGAGUCGCCGCGUUCCUCGUCAUGACCUAUCACUUCCACUUGACCUUCUGGAUGCCCUUUUAUCUGGAAACUCCCUUUGGAGGCUACGAAGUCAAGGAAGGCAAGAAAUUAGGAGACCCUCACAUGGAAUUGUGGAGAUUACCGUUCAUACGCCUCUGGAUGGGUUCCGGCCACGCACAGGUAUCCGUGUUCUUCGUCCUCUCGGGUUUCGUGCUCAGUUGGGGACCUCUCCAGAAAAUCCAACGGGGCGAUCUGGAAAAAUUCGCGGAAGGGUUGGGUUCUGCGACGCUGAGACGAUGGAUUCGACUCUUCUUGCCCUGCUUCGCAGUCGCUUUCUGGGAAUGUCUCGAGCUCUACUUUGGUUUCCGGACCAUGCCCAAGGAGCCGAAAUCGAAUCUCUUUGCGCAGAUAUGGGAGUAUGUCGGGGAGCAGGCCGAGUUUGCGAAUCCGUUCAAUGUGAAUCGGACUCCGUACAAUUCUCUGAAUGCGUAUGAUUUCACCAUGUGGACUAUCCCUUACGAAUGGGCGGGUUCUCUGCUGGUCUUCCUGGUUCUGUUGGCGGUGUGUCGGGUGAAGAGUUUUCUCAGGAGGACGAUGGUAUUGUUGGUUGUGGCAGUAUGGGCUUGCGUGAGAGCGGAGUGGAACUUCUUCUUAUUUGGGACUGGGAUGGUUGUGGCGAGUUAUGUGAGGUUUAUGGGUGGGUUUAAGAAUGUGGGACAGAGGAGAUGGAGGUCUGGAAUUGCUUGGACGGGAGGUUUGAUCCUCAGUCUGUUGAUGGCUGGUAUUCCGGAGGAUAGUGUGUUUUUCACACGACCGGGUUAUGACUGGACCAGAGCGCUGACUCCCGAACGCUGGAUGGAACACGAAGGCGGCGUGAGGUUCUGGUGGUGCUGGGCUGGAAUCCUCUUCAUCACAUCCGCGUGCCAUCUUCCCCGCGUACAGCGAUUCUUCGAACUCGGGCUCAUGCGCUACUUGGGUCGAAUCAGCUACAUGCUCUAUCUCACUCAUCGCGUGGUCCUCAACCUGCUCGGUGCACCUUUGGAAGGGGCCAUCGUGGCCUUCUUCGGACGAAAAGAAUGGAUCGACGGGAAUCGAAGCGGCGAUCCGUUCGGGACGCUGAUCAUCUACCUCAUCCUCAUGGGCGUACUCCUGCCCAUCGCGAUUCUCGUGGCGCAUUGGUGUGAGAUGCUGAUCGAUGCGCCGAGUACGCGCUUUGCGAGGUCAGUCGAUCGGUGGUUCACCAUGGAGUUUGACGCGGGAUCUCCUGCUGGAGCAACGGAAAUGGCGAGGCAAGAGGAGCAGAUCGAACUGCUCCCGAGGGACGACAGCACGCUUGAACAGGGAGAGAUGGCGGAGGAGGUGCGGCCGCCUUAG